UCCCCUCCAUUUUCCAAACUAACCCCCAUUUUCUUGCAUGGCUGCCACCUUUCUUCACCAUCACUCCGAGCCUAAUUUCCCCCAUUCGCUUUUUCGUGCUCAACACAAAUAACCCACUUCGUUUCUUGAUCCAAAACCCGAAUCCUGACGGAUAAAACUACUGAAUAUUUCUCGUUAUUUUUUGUUACUAUCUGCACUCACCCUCUUCUUCAUCCUCCCGUUCUAUUUCCACGCCCACACACAAUCACGCAGCCGGUUGGAGGUGAUGAGAUAUGUUGUAUAAUGAAAGAGGAAGAACAAGUGGGGGAAAAGGGGGAUAAUGAGAGAAGGGAUCAAGAUCAACUAUCCAUUUUGGCAUUGUUGGUUGCUCUGUUCAGGAAGAGAUUUUGGGUGACUUGUAAGACCGGAAGCGACGGUUUCUCCACCGCCGGUGGCGGUAUGGAUAUCGGAUGGCCGACCAAUGUAGAGCAUGUUAAUCAUGUGACGUUUGAUAGAUUUGAUGGUUUCUUGGGGUUGCCUGUUGAGUUCGAACCUGAGGGUCUUAGGAGGGCUCCAAGUGCUAGUGCGGCUGUUUUUGGUGUUUCUACUGAGUCAAUGCAGCUAUCUUAUGGUCAUCGAGGCAAUAGUAUUCCUACUAUCCUCUUGCUUAUGCAAAGACAUUUGUAUUCUCAAGGUGGCCUUCAGGCUGAAGGUAACCGAGGUGUGGUUCCGGAAGGGACUGAUGUACACUGUUUGGCAGGCCUAAUCAAGGCUUGGUUCAGAGAACUUCCAAGUGGGAUACUGGAUUCUCUUUCACCCGAGCAGGUGAUGCAAUGCCAGCCAGAAGUUGGCUGUGAUGCGCUCAUAAGGCUUCUACCACAAACAGAAGUUGCUCUGUUUGACUGGACAAUCAACCUAAUGGCAGAUGUAGUCCAGCAUGAACUUUUUAAUAAGAUGAAUGCUCACAACAUCGCUAUGAUGACUGAUCCUUUGACGGCGUUGAUUUAUGCUGUACAAGUUAUCAAAUUCCUGAAGACUCUUAUAGAAAAGACACUACGGGAAAGGGGAGAUUCCAUUGUGGAGCCAUCUUGUGUUCCCCACACGGAGUAUUCUGAUGACAACGGGAACCAGAUCUCUUGAACGCGGUAUCAUGACAGCCUGGCUGAAUCAAAUGAAGAGACCAUAGAGGACUUUGUGGCAGAGGAUCCUGGUUCGGACACUGAUUGGGACACGAGCCAAGUGGAGAAUGUUAGUGAUGAGGAUUAUCGCAGCUAUUCGACUUGCAGAGUAGAAUCUGAAGAAAGUGUGACUUGUAGUCGUUAGCAAGCAGAUGAGUCGAGAAGUGAAGCUGGAGGUUCGGGCAUGAAAAGCAAAAACAAAGGCAAAGGAAGCAGCAACUAGAACCGUAUUAACUCUAUGAAUGAAUGGUUUGAAGGUUGGCGCAUCUAUCUCUAACUUGUCUAAUGCUUUUAGCCUUUUAACCACUUACUACUACUACUCCUCCUUUUUAGUUUUUGUUAAUUAUAUUGACCAUUUAACGGGAUAUUGUGGUUCCUCCUUUUAGGUCUUGUUUAUUUAUACUCAAUCUCAAUCCUCAUGCUGUAGAAAUUCAUCACAACUUCAGAGAGUCACAGGGAAAUGUUAGAAGAGGCUUGUACAAAUCCGGGCGUCCAGAUCAAAUUCUGCAACAAGAAUUGCUUCAUCUUUAUCAUCAGCAUUACCAAUCAAUUCUCCAGUGGGACCUAUUCAACAGACUAAACACAUGUUCAAAAUUCUGAUGGUAAAUACUGGUUAAAACUGAAAAUUCAGAUCAAUUUGGUAAAAGACUAACCAAAUUAGCUUCAGCAUGGUCUUGCAUCAUCUCGAGAGCCAAUGGUCGUGGUUUAAGUGCCUCCUAAAACGGGUUGCCCAAAAUUCCCAAUCAUCAUU